CGGUGGAAAUCAUUAACGUUUCCCCUCAGCGUCGUUCAUUUGCGCCAUUUUGUCAGCAAGCUGUGGUGAUUGGGUUUUUCACUUCUGUACUGGAGCCAAUCAGAAGGGAACCGGACAGCUGAGAAACGAUCGGUGAGAUUGUUGGAGAAAAUGGAGCAGUACACCUCCACAAGCGGUGGGGAGCAGAUAGUCGUGCAGACGGCGAAUGGACAGAUCCAGCAGCAGGCACAGGGCACAGUCACAGCUGUACAGCUGCAGACCGAAGCGCCUGUUGCUACAGCAGCCGGUCAGCAAGUGCAGACACUCCAGGUAGUCCAAGGCCAACCGCUAAUGGUGCAGGUGAGCGGAGGUCAGCUGAUCACCUCCUCAGGGCAGCCUAUCAUGGUACAGGCCAUGUCUGGAGGCCAGGGCCAGACCAUUAUGCAGGUGCCUGUGUCUGGAGCUCAGGGCUUGCAGCAGAUCCAGUUGGUGCAGCCGGGGCAGAUCCAGCUGCAGGGAGGGCAGACGCUGCAGCUGCAGGGGCAGCAGGGUCAGGCCCAACAGAUCAUUAUUCAGCAGCCCCAGACAGCCAUUACUGCAGGACAGAACCAGGGCCAACAGAUUACAGUCCAGGGCCAACAGGUUGCUCAGACUGCUGAAGGCCAGACCAUCGUGUACCAGCCUGUGAAUACAGAUGGCACUGUGCUACAACAGGGAAUGAUCACAAUCCCGGCAGGCACACUGUCUGGCACACAGAUCGUUCAGGCAGCAGGGGGCGCCAACACGUCUACCACCAACAGUGGCCAAGGCACAGUCACGGUCACGCUGCCGGUGUCUGGCAAUGUGGUCAGUACAGGAGGGAUGGUCAUGAUGGUGCCUGGUGGAGGAAGCACGAUACCCACCAUCCAACGAAUUCCUCUCCCUGGUGCUGAGAUGCUGGAAGAGGAGCCACUAUAUGUCAACGCCAAACAGUACCACCGCAUCCUGAAACGAAGACAAGCUCGUGCUAAACUGGAGGCUGAGGGCAAGAUUCCUAAAGAAAGGAGGAAAUACCUUCAUGAGUCAAGGCACAGGCAUGCCAUGCAGAGAAAGCGUGGUGAUGGUGGCCGCUUCUUUUCACCAAAAGAUAAAGAAGAAAUGGCUCUAGCCAUGCAGGAGCAGCAGGAGCAGAAUCAGGCAACAGAAGAGACAGUGGCCCAGAUUAUACGGGUAUCAUAGCAGGAAACGGCAUGUUUCCUGUGUACAUAACUGCUUAAUGCAACUGUAGAUCAACAGGGCAAUUCAGUGUCUCUCUCUCCUCCUUCCUUUUGCCAUAAACACUAGUGACAAGCAUAAAUAACUUUUUUUUAUGUUAGUGAACAUAAUUUGCUGAUCUUCAAUGCUGUGAGGUGAAUGUAAGGAGACAAGCUCACAUGUGACUUAUUUCUGAUAUUAAACCAUUGGACAAAAUGUACAGAUAGCCUUUAUACAUGGUAGUGUAUAAGUGUUACUUUCUAGUAGUUGUAGUUUUAUGAUUCCAUCUGGUGUGUUUUGCAUAAUUUGAAAUGUGUUUUUAGUGGAGUUUUUAAUUUCUUAUAUAUUUAAACUGUAGUCUGAGACCACGUUUAUCCUUUUAUCGUAUUAACUGAAAAUUGCUGUGAGUAGAUUCUUUUCUUUGUUUCGGUGGGACAAAGGGUGAAUGAAGGGUGGGUCAAACAAAGAAUUUUGCAAAUUAGUCUAUUUGUCAGGGGAUUUCUGAUUCUGUGGCUUUCAGCCUUGUACAUUAUUGCUUGUAACAUGAAGACUUUGUAACUUUCAAAUUUUGAUAUUACCAGGAUUUGUAAUCUGAGAAAGGCCUUUUGUAGUAUCUGUGCUAGCCAGUAUGCCUGCACUACAUGUCUUCCCGUUUCACUUAAACAAGACCUUGAGUCAUGGCAGGCAUAUGUAUAUAUUCUUUUGAUGAAAAUUAUAUAUUCUUUUGAUGAAAACACUAAAGUCUUUUCAAAUUUUGAUUAAAUUAUGCAGUGGAACAGUGCAAAUUUUUGUGU